GAAGGAGGAGCCUCCCGAGGGAAUGGAAAAUUAAAGGGCCCGCCGCGGCGGUGGGCGGGCUGGGGCUGUGUGUCAUGUGAUUGAGGUCUUCUUGAAUGGAUGGAUGUGGGUGAUGACGCGACGACGAUGGUGGACGGCUGGACGUGAUGACGCACAGACGCAGCCACGCACGCUCCCGCUCUGGCUUUUGUGCUUUUUUCCUCCUUGGGGAAGUCCGGAGCUGGGGGCGCGAGGAGUGGAGCCCCGCCUGUUGCGGAGAAAGCACCCGCCCAGCCGGGACUCUUCCUAGCUGGAUGCUGAAGGCUUUGCCUCCAGAGAGAGGGAGCAUCUGGACUUCCAGGUUCCGGCUUGGAGGGUCUUUGGGGUGACGUGUGCUCGGCAGGGGGUCUGCUCCAACACAGUCCCCACCGGGAGGCCUGCUCUGCCAGCCCAGGGAGAGAGACUCUUGGGCACCAGGAUAUGACAGUCUGAGGUCUGGUGCAAGAGGAGAGAGCUGCAUGAGAUGUCACCUGUGUUCUUAAAUACACAGUGACCACCUGCCCAACCGGAAGGACUCCUUACUGGCUACUGAACUCUUUGGAGGAAGAGGAAGCAGGUGAGAGGAAAAAUGAGGAGAAAUCCAGUGGAGAAUUUAUGGGUGUUGCCAAAAAGAGGGGACAAUACAAACUGAAAAUUCGAGCAAAAGGGAAGAACUGAAAUGGAUCAGGUGUUUUUCUCAGCAUGGAGCAGAAAAAAAUAAUACAGAAGGAAAGAGAAAGAAGCCUGUGCAAGCUAUUUAAGAGAAGCUUCCCUUUUGAACCAAGCUUUGAACCUCAGGCCGAAAUACAAAGAGGUGACAAACUACAAAUGCUAUGAAUGCGGAAAGAGUUUCAACACGAGUAGACUCUUAUUAGACACUAUAGAAUGCACACUGGGGAGAAACCACAUAAAUGCUUGGAAUGUGGAAAGAGCUUCAGCACCAGUGGAGCUCUUGUUUUACACCAUAGAACCCACACUGGGGAGAAACCAUAUAAAUGCUUGGAGUGUGGAAAGAGCUUCAGCACGAGGGGAGCUCAUACUGUACACUAUCGAACCCACACUGGAGAGAAACCACAUAAAUGCUUGGAGUGUGGAAAGAGCUUCAUUACAAGUAGAGAGCUUACUAUACACUAUCGAACCCACACUGGAGAGAAACCACAUAAAUGCUUGGAGUGUGGAAAGAGCUUCAUUACGAGUGGAGCUCUUACUAUACACUAUCGAACCCACACUGGGGAGAAAUCACAUAAAUGCUUUGAGUGUGGAAAGAGCUUCAUUACAAAUGGAGCUCUUACUAUACACUAUCGAACCCACACUGGGGAGACACCACAUAAAUGCUUUGAGUGUGGAAAGAGCUUCAGCACGAGUGGAUCUCUUAAUCGACACCAUAGAACUCACACCAGGGAGAAACUAUACAAAUGCUUGGAGUGUGGAAAAAGCUUCAGCCAGAGUAGAUGUCUUACUUUACACCAGAAAACCCACACCAUGGAGAAACCACAUAAAUGCUUGGAGUGUGGAAAGAGCUUCAGUGAGAGAGGGUAUCUUACUAGACACAGCAGAAUCCACACUGGGGAGAAACCCCACAAGUGCUUUGAGUGUGGCAAAUGCUUCAGAACAAGUAGUAACCUUACUGUACAUAAUAUAACCCACACUCGGGAUAAACCACAUAAAUGCUUGGUGUGUGGAAAGAGCUUCGGCUACAGAGGAUAUCUUACUAUACACCAUAGAACCCACACUGGGGAGAAACCACAUAAAUGCUUGGAGUGUGGCAAGAGCUUCAGGGAGAGAGCAAAACUAAUUAUACACCAUAGAACCCACACUGGGGAGAAACCACAUAGAUGUUUGGAGUGUGGAAAGAGCUUCAGGCAGAUCGGAGAUCUUACUAUGCACCAUAGAACCCACACUGGGGAGAAACCACAUAAAUGCUUGGAGUGUGGCAAGAGCUUCAGUGAGAGAGGAAAACUAACUAUACACCAUAGAACCCACACUGGGAAGAAACCACAUAAAUGCUUGGAGUGUGGAAAGAGCUUCAGCCAGAGAGGAAAUCUUAUUACACACCAUAGAACCCACACUGGGGAGAAACCACAUAGAUGUUUGGAGUGUGGAAAGAGCUUCAGGCAGAUCGGAGAUCUUACUAUGCACCAUAGAACGCACACUGGGGAGAAACCACAUAAAUGCUUUGAGUGUGGAAAGAGCUUUACCCAGAGAGGACACCUAAAUAUACACAGCAGAACCCACACUGGGGAAAAACCACAUAAAUGCUUUGAGUGUGGUAAGAGCUUUAGCAUGGGUGGAGAGCUUACUAUGCACCAUAGAACCCACACUGGGGAGAAACCACAUAAAUGCUUGGAGUGUGGAAAGAGCUUCAGCACGCGUAGAAUGCUUACUAUACACCAUAGAACCCACACUGGGGAGGAACCACAUAAAUGCUUGGUGUGCGGAAAGAGCUUUGGCUACAGAGGACAUCUUAUUGUACACCAUAGAACCCACACCGGGGAGAAACCACAUAAAUGCUUGCAGUGUGGCAAGAGCUUCAGCACGAGUGGAAAGCUUACUAUUCACAAUAGAUCCCACACUGGGGAGAAACCACAUAAAUGCUUGGAGUGUGGAAAGAGCUUCAGCACCAGUUGGGCUCUUACUUCACACCAUAGAGUGCAUACUGGGGAGAAACCAUAUAAAUGCUUGGAGUGUGGAAGGAGCUUCAGCACAAAUGGAAUUCUUACAUCACACCGUAGAACACACACUGGGGAGAAACCAUAUAAAUGCUUGGAGUGUGGAAAGAGCUUCAGCCAUAGGCGCAAUCUUACUAUACACAAUAGAACCCACACUGGGGAGAAACCACAUAAAUGCUUGGUGUGUGGAAAGAGCUUCAGCCAGAGUGGAGGUCUUACAUCACACCAUAGAACCCACACUGGGGAGAAACCACAUAAAUGCUUGGAGUGUGGAAAGAGCUUCACCUGCAGAGGACAACUAAUUAUACACAGCAGAACCCACACUGGGGAAAAACCACAUAAAUGCUUGGAGUGUGGAAAGAGCUUCUGCAGUCGUGGAUCUCUUAAUAAGCACCAUAAAACCCAUACAGGGGAGGAACGACAUACAUGUUUGGAGUGUGGCAAGAGCUUCAGCCAGAAAGGAAACCUGAUUAGACACAAUAGAACCCACACUGGGGAUACACCACAUCAAUUUUUUGAGUGUGGCAAGAGCUUCAGUGAGUUUGAAGUUCUUAAUUAACAUCAUAGAACUGAUAAUGAGGAGAAGCCACAAAUCUAUUCAGCUUUGGUGAUGCCAGCUAGGCCGAAUUGGGUACCCGAGCUGGACAAACGGGCACGACAGCUGGCCCGGAACAUGAAACUAUGACCAGGAUAAGAACAUGGAGGGAUAAGCAGAGUUUCUAAAUGCACAACUGACCGAGACUCAACAGUUAAUCACAACCUUAAACACGUGGGUUCCCUCUCCCCCCCGCUGGCCUUCCUCAUCACCGUCGCGGCCAAGUAACUGAAGCAUGUUCAGCCUUUUCGGGCUUCCGUAAGAGCGAUUGGCUCUCCAGAAGAGCAAACGGGCAAAGAGCAAAUGGCAUAAGACCGCUCGCUCUCGGACCCGCAAAAGGCCUUUUUGGUAGCUGCCCCACUUCUCUGGAACUCUCUUCCCCUUCAGAUUCUUUUAGUCCCUUCCUUACUGAUCUUCAGAUCUCUAUUGAAGACUUUUCUUUUUCGCCAGGCUUUUGCCCUGUAGUUUAUCUAUUUGUUUUUUGAUAGUUACUCUAGUAUUUAGAUUGUAAUUUUUAAUGUUGCUUUUUUGGCAUGUUUUGGUGCACCAAAAGUCUUCGGAGUGGGCGGUAUAUUAAAUGUUUCUAAUAAAUAAAUAAAUAUAGUGGAUGGA